CGUGAUUCAGUUGCUUAAGGAAGAGCAAAGUUUGCUGCUUCAUAAAAUGGUGUAGCUAUAUGUUUAAUUUGUCAUUUUGAUGAAGACUCUCUGACUGUUAACAUCGACAUGAUUUAUAGAUUCAAAAAAACCUCCAACUACAGAAAUAUGAACUUCAAUAAACGUAAACCGAUGUUGGGUUUUGUUUACAUCGUGACUUUUAUUUGGGCUUUGAACAUCAACAUUCCAUGUGCGGAAGGAAGUGCUUGGAAUAGUAAAUUGAAAAGUAUUUUGGUUGAUUUUGAAAAAAAACUGGAUGCAGUGAAAGCACACUUAAGGACAAAGAGCUUUGACUUUGAUGAAAGUUGCAAUGGUGAAUUAGGAAUGAGAAAUGGGUUAAUUGGAGACUCUCAACUUACGGCAUCCUCCACAUGGGAUUCCAAUCAUGGUCCAGGAAACGCCAGGUUAUUUCGCCCAAGGAAUGCACCAAAUACAGGAGCCUGGUCUAGUCGAGCAAACAAUCGUAACCAAUGGCUUCAAGUUAAUUUCUUAAAAACAACAAAGAUAACCGGUAUUAGUAUUCAAGGAAGACCUGAAAGUACUCAGUGGGCUACAUCGUUCUCCUUGUCCUACAGCAUCCGUGGAAGCACAUUUAAACGUUACAGAGUUAAUGGUAACGUUAAAGUGUUUCAGGCUAACUCUGACAAAGAUUCUGUUGUUCACCAUAAAAUAUCACCACCAAUUGUUGCCAGUUUCAUACGAAUUGAGCCGGUAUCUUGGCAUAAUCAUAUUUCUCUUCGUGCGGAAUUUUAUGGAUGCUAAAUUUUGCAAUUUAUCUUUUUCAUUAUUGCAUGGCUUGAUUAAAACGUUAUGAUAUUUUAAUUAUCAAUAAAAAAUUCAUUUCAAUCAUCAAA